CUUAAUCUUACGCCCACUACGACCACUCUUUUAAUCCUUUCUUACACUCAGCCAUGAGCACCCGACUCGCACCCCCCGACUCCCCCUACUCGUCACCGCCAGCGCUCACCCCGGACGUCACAGGCUCGGUCGACUCCUCGCUCUCGCUCUCCCCCACACCCCACGCAGGCGCCCCGGGCCUCGUCAUCGACACCACCGGCGACUCCGACACGGGCGCGAGUCCAUCAUCAGACAAGGGAAAGCGGUUCUCGCGCGGGAGGGCAUCGUUUUACCCGCACACAAACUCGUCCAACAAGGCCGAGAAGCCGUUCAGCCGGAGCGCCGCCAAGCGCCAGAGCGUGAUGACGCUGGGCAGCAUCGAGCAUCUGCAGCACUACUUUACGAAGACGGGGCUGCAGGCGAAGAGAGACCCGUCGGACAAGCUGACGAAGAACCUCGUUCCUGCCAUCGGCGGGCUCGCCUCGAUGCGCAUCAAAGCAUCGCUCGGCAGCCUCAAGGAGUUCGACCUGCCCCCGUCCCCCAUCAUCCCGACCUCGCGGCACGUUGCAUACCCGCCCGUAGCCAAGACGUACCAGAUCGACCCAGACGAGGCCCUCCCUGGCGUCGCUGACGACCUCAACUCCGUCACCUCAGUCUGGGCGCUGCCCAAGCACGACGCCCCAAGCGACGCCACCGCCGCCGCCGCCGCCACAGCCCCAAUCCCAUCGGAGCCCGUCGACGUCCUUUCGACGCUCAAGCUCACGACGCGCGCAAUCCGGAGCGUGCGCAACUACGUGCUCACGCUCCCCGACGAGUCCGCCGGCGCGCUGCGCUCGAACUACAACAACAACUACCGCGGGCGCAACGUCGGCGGCGGCCCGCCCACGCUGCGGCGCACCGCCUCGGGCGGGCUCGCUGCCACAGGCGGUGGGCCCCCGGACCCGCUCACGCUCAUCCGCAAGGCGGCGUUGGAGGUGCUCUCGAGCCUGCGCGAGCUCGAGGAGCGCGCGCGCCUCCCGCUGUCGGACGAGGCGUACGACGCGCAGAGCGACCACGGCUCGUCGAACGCGUCUACUGGAGCCGGCGGUGCGCACCCGCCGUCGCGCGGGGCGUCGCCUGCGGGCGGGUUCUACGACGAGACGGCGGAGAGCGAUCUGCGCGCGGUGGGGAUCGAUCCCGAGACGACGAUCACGUUUAUCCGCGUGGAGGGACGGGACGGGGCGAUUCCGGUGUGGGAUGCGCCGUUGGAGGAGAUGGGCGGGGCGGCGUCGGAUCUGGAGGACGAGGAGGAGGAGCGGCGGCGCAGGCGUGGGGAGCACUGGGACGACAGGCUGGUGCUUGGUGGGGGGUGGUUGUAUAGGCAGGACGUGAGGCUUGCGGAUCUGGGGAGGGAGAGGGAGGUGGUGAGGAGGUAUGUGGGGAUUGUGGAUGAUGUGUUGUUUGGGAGCGGUGCGGACAAGGGUGCGGGCGAGGCGUCGUCGGCUAAGGAGAGCAAAGAGAGCGAGAGUGGGAUGCGCGGGUGGCAGAGGGCGAGCGAGAAGGUGCUGAAGAAGCAGAAGGACAGUCUGGGGCGGGCGGCGGGGCGGCGGGUGAGCAGCACCGAGGGGAUCAACGAGGUGUUCAAGUUCCCGCCGCCGCCUACCCGGAGAGUCGUCUCGAUGGGCGGGGUGCCGCCCACCGCGGAGAUGCGCGGGCUGGUGCUGUCGGAGGAGCCGGAGCCGCUGGAAGAGGAGCACGAGGACGGGGAGGAAAGUGUGGUGGACGACGAGGAUCUGCCGGAGUGGGCGAAACGGUCGAUGUUUGCGAAUGAUGCGCUUGGCCGCGCCCACGCAUUCCUGCAAGCACUCCUCCCCGCCGACCUCGCCCCCCACCUCGCGGCGACCGCGUCGAACCGCGAAGACUUUCUGCAGAGCCUCUCGUCCGGGCAACUUCUGUGCGUGGCGUACAACGCGGCGCUGCGCCGCUCGCGCAAGCCGUGGGGGUACAUCAGCGUCGACUCGAUCCACGACAUCGUCGCGCUCGAGGCAGAUGCCAACGCGAACGCGAGCGGGGACGGGAGCUCGACUUCGAACUCGAAGGGCGCGAGGACGGGGUGGACGUUCCGGCGGACGGAUAAUUUGCGGUUGUGGGCUGCCGCCCUGAAACUCCGCUACCUGCUCCCCGUCGUCGUCCCGCCCACGCCGAGCGCGAGCGCCCAGCCGCCGGGCACACCGCGCUCCGGCACGACCGAGCUGAGCAAGACGCCGGUGGGGUCGACGCCCGGAUCUCCGACCAAGGCGCGGUUUAGCUUGGGCCCGGGAUCGGUGCUGCUGGGGUCGGGGCUGGGGUCGAUGAAGACGAGCGAGCCGCCGAUCAUGUUCGAUCCGCGCGUUGUCGCGAGGAAGGAGGAGGGAUGGGCGGAUAUGCUCGAGCAGCUGCUUGUGAGGUGGAUGGAUGCUGUUGUUGGCGAGCGGCGGUGCGGUCCGUGAGCGUCCCGAUGGUGCUGAUUCCGCUCGUGAAGAUGAAGAUGAGGCGCGCGGAUGUGUCGAUAUGCGUAUGCCGUUUUAUUCCCUGAUUUUAUGUCUGAUACACUUCAACCCCGCGACGAUAGUUGUUCGAAUUGGUUGUUUUGUAUCACUCCUCACCACUCUCGUCAUCUCUCUCUCUCUCUUUCCUUUUUUCUUCCUUCAUCGUCUCUUAUUUUCCCGUUUCCUUUUCGCUACCACAUAUGCCUCCCCAAUAUCCCGCAUUUUUCCACCUUGCAUAUUGUAUAGAUCACCUAUUCCCCGCCGACCAGUCGACCCGCGCGGCUUCAUACCUUCGGUUUAAUAUCCCUUUCCCCUUCCUUAAAUUUCCUUGAUAUUCUCGUCCUCGUCCUUGUUUGACGUUUUUUAUAUAAUCGUAAUACCACAACACAGUAGCAUGUGGAGGAUACAUGUACAUACCCACCCCCCACCCC